AUGAAUGAGAAGAUUAUUAUUCGCGAUCCAUUAUUUAUAAUACCUAAUGAAAAUAAAAGCAAUGUAUUGAAAUAUGAAAAAGAUAAUAAUUUUAAUAAUGAAGGAAAUAAUGCUGCGAACUUAAUAAAUCAUAUAAAUACAACAUUACCUUAUAAAAGAAAUGAGAAAAUAAGCGAUGAUACUAAUGAUAUAGCAUUAGAUUUAAAUGAAAAAGAAAAUAUGAAUUGUUUUCUAAAUAAAAAAAAUGUUAAUUUUAAAAUAAAGAACAAUGACAAUAACGUUAUACAAUCUUACAGAAAUGGAGAAAUUAAUACAAGUUAUAAUAUAAUGGAUAAUAUGUAUGACAUUUAUUAUACAAAUAAAAGUAAUAAAAAUUUAAAUGAUUAUUUAAAACAUGUAAAUAUUAAUCACACAGCUCCUUGUGUAGGAGAAUUUAGAACUUGUAUGAAUUGCUUUUUAAAUAUUUCAACAUUAUUUUGUAAAACUUGCAAUAUUUUUUUAUGUGCCAUUUGUAAUAUUAAAUUACAUAAAAAUAAUUCUAACCAUGUUAUCAAUGUAGCUAGUAGCGGAUUAUAUGAAAACAAUAUUAAGUAUAAUGAUAUAAUAUUAAAAGAAAAAAAUAAAUGGUUAGUAGAGUUAGACAAUUCUGUACCAAUAAAAAUUAGAGAAAGAUGCCCAGUACAUCCGAAUGAAUAUAUUAAGUACGCUUGUAAAACAUGUACAUAUACACUAUUGUGUGUUGAUUGUUUGUUAAAUGAUCCCAUACAUAUCAAACAUGAACAUGAUGAAAAUGAAGAUAAUGAUGGUCAUGAAAAUAAAAAUGAGGAUGAAAACGAAAAUAUAAAUAAUAAUAUAAAUACCAGUAGUUAUAAUACUAAAUUAAGCGAUUAUAGUAAAUAUUCAAAUGCAUAUAAUAAAUAUUCAAAUAAUCUCAAUUCUUCAAAUAUGUCUGUUCUAAAAAAUAGUUAUAAUAUAAAAAAAAAUGAUCAAGCAGAAAUGCGACUAAUAGUAAGCUUAACUAAAGCUGAUAACGAUUACAAUUCUAAAAAUUUUAAUAACAAUGAUGAUAUAGCAAAUUUAAAGCCUGGAUUCAAAUUAAUUAGAGGAAAUCAUGAAAUUUUUACAUUAGCAGAUGCAAGGAAUGAAAUUAAAGAAGAAUUAAAUUAUAAAUUAGAUUUUUUAUGUAAAAAAUCUCUAGUACUAAAAAAUACUUUACCUUCAUUAAGCAACAUAUAUAAAUAUGGAAGAAUUACAUGCAAAAAUAACAAAAGAUGCAUAAGAUCUUGCUUUACGGUUACAAACAAUUUUCUAGAAAAAAAGAAAAUGAAGCUAUAUGAUCAUUUAAAAACAUUGCAAGAUAAAAGCACUGAUUUUUUAGGAAAGUUAGAUGAAGAAAGAACGAAUUAUAAAAAUUACUUAGAGAAAAAAAGGAAUGAAAUACAGCACAUGAUUAAAUUAAGUAAUAAAAAUGCUGGUUUAGCUUUAGAUUAUUAUGUGGAAAAAUUAGAUUCUUUUAGAAGCUUAUUUUUUACAAAAGAUAAUUUAAUAGAUAUUGAAAAAAAAUUAGAAAUUCCCCAUUCUAUGAUAAAAUCAGAAAAUUUAGCUAUAUUAAUUGAAAAUUUACAAUCAGAAAUUUUUAACACAAAAAAAAAUAUAAGUAAUACAUCUCAGGAAAUAAAAAAUCAAUUUCAGUAUUUGUUUAAUUCUAAUAUUGAAAUUCCUAUAUAUCCAGCACAUUUUCAAAAUUUCUUACAAAAAAGAACCUUUAAUAAGGAUAGAGAACCUUUAAGUGAAUCAAAAAAAAAGCAGAAAUAUUUCCACAUACUUCCUUUUACUGAUUUCUAUAUGAAUAUCAAAAUAAAAUAUCAACAGAAAUUCAUGAGGAAAGAUUCUUUGCAUCAAAAAUGGGAACUCAGAACUAUAUCUAUUCGUUCAAUCUAUCUAUGUAUACAUACUCAUCACAAUGAUAUAGAUAAUAAUGAAUACUAUGAUCACAAAAAUAUAUUAAAUGGCAAUAAUGAUAUGGAAAAAGACAAUGAUUUUUCAUCAAUAAAAAAAGAAAAUAUUAUAAAUAAUUUAAAUGAAAAAGAAAUUAAUCAGGAAUUUAUAAAAAUGGGAGAUGAUAAUCAAUCUGCAACAAAGAAGGCAGAAAAGGAGGAAAAAAAAAAAAAAAAUGAAAAUAAUAUUUUUCUUAAAAAUAUACCAAAUAAUUUAAGUAAUGAUAUAGAAUCUAUUAUAAGCAUAAGCAAUGUAAAUAUUAAAACUUUUAAUAACCCAGACAUAACAAAUAUAACUAUUUUAGAAAAAAGAAAUUAUCCUUAUGGAAUAGAAAUAACUGAAUAUAAUGAAAAAAAUGAUUUAAUUGGUUACUGGUUAUUAACAAAUAAAAAUGAAAAUGUAAUAAAUGAAUUAUUUAAUAUACUAAAUGAUAUAAAAAAAAGUAAUACAAACUCUGCUGUUAUCCCUUCUUUUCAUCCCCAAAUUAAUAUGAAUAGCCCCUUUUUUAAUUAUCACGAAAAUAACAUAAAUAUAAUAUAUAAGCAUUUUGCUGCAAAUAUUCUUGAAGAAUCUUAUAUGCAUCAGUAUAAAAAGAAAUUAAAUUUAUAUGAAAAAAAAUAUUUAGAUAAAGAAGAGAAAAACAAAAAUAGUAUAUAUACUCUGAAAGACAAUAAUACAAACAAUUAUGUAAAUAAUGCUAUUAUUCAAAACUCUAGCUUACUACAUGCUUGCGAAUAUUUUAAUGAUUCAAAAUUUUCAAAAAGUUUAAAUGAAUUAAGUAUAGAGGAUUUUACAAAUAAUGAAUUAAGUAUAUCAAAACUAUAUGAAAAAUUUAGAAAAGAACAUGAUACGAACUCAUUAGAUAGUUCUACAUUUUCUAAAAGUAAUCAACACAAUAAAUUAACUCAGUUAAAAAAAAAAGAUUUAGAAACAGAAUCUAAUUUUAUGAAUUCAAAGGAAUACAAGGAUAGUUUACUUAAAGAAUCUAAAAGUGAGGAUUAUAAUUUAACUUGUAAUUUUAAAAAGGAGCAUAUAAAUAGUUUAAACAAGAGAGAAAAUAAUGCUACUAUUUUACGUAAAGCAGAAGAAAAAAAUAAUAAAUGUGAUCUUGAUAUAAACAUAAAAUUCGUAAAACGAAAUUUAAUGGAUGAAGAAAAGCAUUUGCUUCCUUUAUAUUCCGAGUCUAAUAUUUUAAAUAAUGAUAAUUUAUCAGAUAACUGUAACAAUGGUAUAUAUAUGAAUGAGAAUAAUGAUAAAGCAGAAAUGAAAAAAAAUUACUUUUUUAAUAUUACCAGCAAAAAUUCCCAAUUUCAAAGUAUUAAUAAAGUAAAUAAUAUCAAUUAUAUAAAAAAGGAGUACGAUUUUAGUGAUAUUUCAAUGUAUGAAAACAUAAAAAACGAAAUUAUUAAUUAUAAUUCUUCUUUUAAUAAUAAUGAAACGGAUAACAGUAAAGACAUUAUAAAUGAAAUAAAAUUUUUUGAGAUACAGAAUAGCAAUAAUACUCUAAAUAAGAAUGUAGAAGAAAAAAAAAGUUUAUCUAAAAAUAAUUUAAAUAAUGAAAAUAAUAAUGAUAGUAAUAAUAAUAGUGAUACCUUAAAAAAUUACAUAUAUAAUUCAUAUGAAAAUUUAUAUGCAGAAAACAAUAUAAAAGAUAGUAAUGUAAAGGAAAACGAUAAAAUGGAUGAAAAUAACAACUUAAAUAAAUUAUUAGAUUAUAUCUUGAGCACAGAUAAAAAUGAAAAGUUAAAUGAUGAAAAUUAUAUCAAAGGAAAUAGCAUUUCUAAUAUAAAUAGUUAUAUAAAUAAGUAUGAUAGCUAUAUUGAUAAUAGUAUUACAAAUCAUGAAUUAAAUCCUAAUGUAUUUCUUGAUCAGUUACACAAUUCUGAUUUUAAUAAUGAGAUGAAAAUGGAUAACAACGAUAGAAAUAGCUCAAAUAAUACUAAUUCAGAUAGAAAAAUACAUAAAGAUGAGUUUGUCACUGAAGGAAGUAAUUCACAUGAUAUUAGAUGUCUUAAAAACAUAAUAACUAGUAAGAUAAAUCAUUUGGAAUUAUUAGCUAAUAAGCAUUUAUCCAAUUAUAAAACUUUGAAAAAUUCUUAUUGUAAUAUAAAGGAUGAUGGAUUAAAUGAAAACAAAGAUAAUGUGUAUAAUAAUAAUGGCUACAGUAAAAAUAUGGAGACUACAGACUUGUUUAAGUUAAAUGAAGUCCAGGAGUUUUUGCAAAAUUUAAAUGAUUCAGAUAGUAAUUAUCUUAAUGAUAUAAAUUCAAAAAAGAUAUUCAGAGAUGAAAUUUUAAAUAAAAAUAAUAAAAAUAAUUUGGAUUAUGAAAGUAUUAACUCAUGUAAUAUAAAUGAUAAAAAUAAUGUUGAAAAUACCAAAAGUUCUCUUACUAUUGAAGGGGAGAUAAAUAACUAUACUUCUAAUGUAACUUACACAAAUGCACGAAAUUCAUUAAAAAAAAGUGAUAACGAAUGGCACAAUAGCAAUGUUUAUAAAAUUCAUAAUAAUGAAAAUAACGGAUAUAUUUACGAUAAUUGUAUAGAUUUGAAAAAUAAUGAACAAAAAACUUAUAAUAACAAAAUUUUUAGCAUUACAUCACAUAUUUCCUAUGAAAAUAAUUUGCUAAAUGAUAUUGAAAGCAAACAUAAUUCAUAUAUGCAAAAACACAGUGAUAUUAAUUAUGAAACUUACAGAAAAAACGUAUGUUCAGAUAUAGAAAUACAAAAUGAGAAUACACAAAAUAAUUCAAUUAGUUCAAAUAGUAAUUAUAUUGAUCAUAGAGAUGUCAAAUCUUUAAAUAUUUUUAAAGGUAAUGAUAAUAUCAAAAGAGAUGAACCUGCUCAAAAAGGUAGUAACACAUGUAACAUAACUGAAUAUGAAAAUAAAAUUUAUUUAAGGAGCAAAAACACGGAUAAUUCAAAUAGUGAAAGUGAUUUAAAUAAUAUAAAUAAUUCAUGUAAUAAAAAUAAUAUAGAUGAGUCAUAUAAUAUGAAUAAUUUAAAAAAUAUAAAUCAAAAUUUUAAUGAUAGAAAUGAUAAAAUGAUAAACACUUCUAGUAAUAUUAUAACAGAAAAUAAUAAUAUAUGUAAAAAUAAACUAGAUAGUUUUACUAAUAAAGGAGAAUCCAUGAAGUUAGUUAAAGAUGUAAAUGGAGAAAAUAAUGAUUUUAAUGUUAAUAACCAAGAUUCAUUAUUAUUUUGUAAUUCAAUGAAGGAGAAUAGUAACAAUUCAUUUUUUAAAUUAAAAAAUAAAGAACAUUACGAAGAAAUAUACUAUUCAAAAGCAAAUAGUAGUUUCAAUGAAAAAAAAAAGGUCUCUUUAAAUGACAACAAUAGCGAUGAUAAUUUUAAAAGUAUUAAUAGAUAUGAAAACAAAAAUUUUGAAUCUUUUCAUAUAAGUGGGAAGACAAAAAUGGUUAACGAUUUAAAAAAAAUUCAAGAAAAAAUAGAAAGUAAAGUAAUGAGAUACAAACUUGAAAUUGUAGACAAAAAUAAAGCUCCUCCUUCAAAAAAAAAAAAAAAUUAUAUGAAAUAUGAUAAAAGAGAAAAAAUAGAAAUAAAUAACGAUGCUUCUAUGAACGUUAUAAAUAAAGUACUAAGUCAAAUAGGAAAUAAAAAAUUAGGUUCAUAA